AUGACUCCAAACGGCGCCAGUUCAACCGGCGAUGCCCAGGCUAGCAACGCAGGUCUGAAGGGUUCCUCCUGGUCGAGAUUUCACGGCAGGAUCAACGAAGUGGCCAACAACUUCUUCUACCGCCUGGGGUACCGGGUGGCCACGAACCCCAAGCGGACCCUUCUCAUCAGUCUUGCCUUCGUAGUGGCCUGCUGCUUCGGGUUCGCCAACUUCACCAUCGAGGCCGACGGGGAAGACCUCUGGGUGCCAGCCGACUCCUUGGCCAGGGAUCACCAGAGCAUCGUCCUUGAAGACUUCGAUGGCGACGGUGAGUUUGCAUCCUUUCUGGUGGAGAGCCCGUCGGAAACGGGCAGCGUGCUGACUAAGGAAUCGGUCGAUGCGAUAUGGGAGCUGGAUGCGAUCGUCAGGGCCGUCGAGGUUGGUGGCAACACAUACGCCGACGUGUGCGGAAAAGAACUGGACGGUGUGACGUGCGAACCGGUGUUCCGUGGGAUCACUCGUUUCUGGGGAGAUUUCGCAACCUACGAGGCCUCCGUAACAAGCGAUGCGGAUAUCCUUGCGACCGUGAACGUGGCCACCUUUCCGGACGGAUCGACCGUUAACCAACAGGCCCUCUUCGGCAACGGGAUCACCUACGACGAUGAUGGCAACAUCUCCGGAGCAAGAGCGACCAUCCAGGGGUUUGCGCUCGAUUCUGAUCCUGACGAUGGCGCGGACAUCAACGAGGACGUUUUCGACUGGAACGAGGCCUUUCAGGACGCUAUGGACGAAGCAGCGAAUAACUUUGAUGUUUUCGACGUGUUCUAUCUCACCAGCCGGUCUACCGACGACGCCCUCAACGAGUCCGUAACCGGCGAAAUGUUUCUCUUCAUCAUCACCUGUGAGGAGAUAGUCACGUCUUAUAAAUGGCUUUCUAAAAACUUCUCGCAGCCCAGUUUCGCUGCGGACGCCAUCGCUCUACGUGCUUACGUUCUGAUGAUCGCGGUCGUGUCGGUGGCGCUCGGCCGGUGCUGCAGCGGACCCGUCAAGCGCCGGAGCUGGUUGGGGGUCGGCGGGACCGUGCUCGUCGCUGCCGCCGGCUUGGCCGCCUACGGGCUCAACAGCGGCUUCCACAUCCCCUUCACGUCGCUGUCGCAGAUCCUCCCUUUCAUCCUCAUCGGAAUCGGCGUGGAUGACAUGUUUGUUAUCGUCGCAGCCUACGACCACACCGAUCCCUCGCUCGCCGUGGAGGAACGGAUCGCCCUCGGAGUCAAGCGCUGCGGGGUGUCCGUCACCUACACGUCGCUGACGAACUUCUUCGCCUUUCUCCUGGGCAGCAUGACGUCCCUUCCUGCGGUGGAGUACUUCUGCCUCUACGCCGCCACUGCCAUCUUGUUUGACUUCUUCCUCCAGAUGACAGCUUUCGUGGCGCUGCUGACCAUGGACGCCAACCGCCAGAAGGCCGGCAAGAUCGACUGCUGCUGCUGCCUCACCAGCAAGAAGUAUCUCCAGGAGCAAGAGCGGCAGCACCAGGAGGGCAUCCAAAGAGGAGUCACACUGCCUAAUAGCAACGGCGAGAGCGCAUUCAAUGCCCAAGGGAAACACGACCUCAAGGCGGAGGUGCACCAGAUAUCGCCCAUGGGAAGGUUCAUGAAAGACAAGUGCUCCCCUUUCGUUCUGUCAGCGAAGGGGAAGGCUCUGGUGCUACUCGGCUCGGCAGGGCUGCUAGCCGCCGGCAUCUAUGGCGUCACGCAGGCGACGCAAGGCUUCGACGUCCUCGAUCUUGCUCCAGACGGCCACUACUCAAUAGAAUACACGGAACGGUCGAGGAAAUAUGACUUCGAUAUCCAGGAGUGGUACGUCCCGAUGGAUGUCUACACCCAGGAGGUGGACUAUCCCGACGUUGCUGUUCAGGCGGAGAUGCAGUCCGUCGAUGAGGAAAUGCUCGAGCUGAAGAACGUCGCCGCACCGCUGGACUCUUGGCUCGUCUCCUUCAUCGUGUGGGCAGAGGUCAACACCACCUACAGUGCAAACAUAGGUACAUCUGGGGGCUACCCGGUGUACGACGAUCGGGACACCUUUUACACUGCUCUCUCCGCCUUCCUGGCUGAUGAGGAUAACGCCAGAUUCUUGGCAGACGUAGUCUUUGACGACGAGGGAAUAAUCAAGAUAAGUCGAUCGGAGAUGUACCUGAUCAAUCUCGUCGACACGGACAAAAACGUGGACGUCCUCAGGGAUACCAGAGAAGUCGCCGACCAAUCAACGCUCGACCCUCAGCCGUUCGCAUACUCCGCGGUGUUUCUCUUCUCCGAGCAGUACGUGGUGAUCUACAACGAGCUGCUGUCGAGCUUCGGCCUCGCCUUGUUGGCGGUGCUCGUCCUGAGCCUGUUCGUGCUGGGCAAGGUCACCGUCGUCCUCCUUGUUUGCGUCACCUUGAUAAUCAUCGAUGUUGAACUGCUGGGCUUCGUCUACCAUUGGAAUUUGGACGUGAACAGCAUCACUGUGAUCGAGCUGAUCAUGGCCGUCGGGUUGGUGGUGGAGUACAUGGUCCACAUCGUGCACUACUUCCUCCACCAGGACCCCAGCAUCCCGAAGGACGCGCGAAUCGCCGAAGCUCUGGGGGAGAUCGGGCCCUCGGUAAUGGUGGGAGCGGCGACAACAUUCCUGGGAAUCAUGCCCCUGGCGUUCGCCAACAACGUGAUCUUCCGCGUGUUCUUCAAGAUGUUCCUCGUCAUCAUUUCCUUCGGGUUUUUCCACGGUGUGGUUUUCAUCCCGGUCUUGUUGUCGAUGUUGCCCGACCGCCUGGUUUCACACUCCGGCCACGAAGAGGGUACGGCAUCUAUCACAAGACACACCGGGAGCAAGAAGGUUGUGGUGUUAGAAGGACCAAUGCCUGUUGAAACCACCGACUAAUUGAGCACGCUCGUGGAACAUGAAGGUCCAUCCACGUGCUCACGAUGAAGACGACGGCAUAUUCCUGCCAAACUGGCUCUGUCCCAUGGCCUGCAGAGCAGGAACAAGCGGAAGAUGCGCGGAGACGAUGCUGUUCCGUACGGCGCGCUUCUGCACCCCUAUGGCGGGUAUUUUGCGUUUCGGAAGCGCGAGGACCCUGUCUGUUCCCUUGGUCUUAGGGUGUAAAAGCGGUGAACGCGUGGAUGCGUACGUGUGAUGCAACCCCUCGUUUUGAGAAAAACGUUCCGCAUUUGCUUUCGUUGUCGGUCUCCGUUCAACGAUGGCGGUGAAGCCACGUGUGAUAAGCGCCAAAUACUCUGGGGGUACGAAGGGCAGGGUGGGGGGGGCGUCGUUGUCUAUUUCCUCAUAUUUGUUGUCGUCAUCCAUGCGUGUGUGCGUUUCCAGUCAAGUGCUGUUGGCGGGUACACCGUAUGAGCGGGUAAGGACCCGGGCCUUCUGCCCUGUAUGAGGUGUUCUUGUUGGCCGUGCUGUGAGGUGUUUGUUGCAUGUUUUGUUCAGUGUGGCCUAGACUUUAUGGUCUGUGCAUCAUCGUUUUAUUCUUCUAGGUACUCCAUUCUAACAAGGCAAGGGCACUUUGAUCGUGUUGAGACCCUACUUGUGUGUGUGUGAUUUCUUUGUCAUGGGGAAGAACGAAGGAAUGCGGGGUAUGGGGCGCUAUGGUUAGUGCGUGCGUGUGUGUGUACUUGGGCAUGUUUGUGAUGUCACGCCUCUCUCUGGGGAGGAAGGUCGGCCGACGAGCUCAUUCGUGCGCACCAGGCAGGGAGGAAACUUCAACUUCUGCACCGGGCGGGCGUAUGCGCUUGGUUUCAGCCUGUUUCGUAGCGAACGCUCCAUCGCUAAUGCAUACGAAAGGGGUGCACGACACACAUGGUAGGAGUGAGAGGUGCCGCGCUGAUGUGCCCUGUUGAUCGCGUCGUAUGUGGC